AAGAUUUUCCUUCUACUCAUUACCUCAUAGGUUACAAAAUAAAUAACAUUGUUAAUUAUUAACAAAGAUUUAUUUUGUCUGUUUAAUUUUUUAAGUCAUUUAGCUGAUGCAUAUUUUUGUGUAACUGUUUAUUUUUUGUGACAUUUAUUAUUUUAUCACAAACAAAACAGAUACAUGGGACCCAUUGUUCGUAAUAUCCUCAUAGGAAUCCCUAUUGGAAUAACAUUUGUCGACACAGUGGGAUACAUAGCACGUGUUGAUGGUAUCUCUAUGCAACCCGCAUUGAAUCCAAAUUCCCAUGUAACUGAUUACGUAUUUUUAAAUCGCUGGAGUGUACGUAAUUACAAUUUUAAUCGCGGUGAUAUCAUUUCAUUUGUAUCACCUAAACAUCCUGAUCAAACGCUGAUAAAACGUGUGAUAGGACUCGAAGGAGACGAAAUCAGAACCAUUAAAUACAAACUACCAUAUUUGAGGGUACCAAAAGGCCAUUGUUGGGUUGAGGGUGAUCAUACAGGUCACACCGUUGACUCAAAUACAUUUGGCCCAGUUUCUUUGGGGCUGGUUACUGCUCGAGCGAGUUGCAUUGUAUGGCCACCUAGUAGAUGGCAAUUUCUCAGUCCUGUUUUACCAGAACAUCGAGUGCCAUUGAGAAUUUCAAAACAUCAACCAGCUUAG